UUGAAACUUGAAAGCUUUGAACUCCCAUGGCCGACAAGUUUAAUGAUUCAAAUCACUCGAGCUUACUCGUUGUUGAUCAAUACAUCAUUAAUCGGAAUCCAUUGAGUUUCGCGUCUGCUUUCAUCGGCUCAUGGGGCUCUUCUUUCUCCUAUCUGAAUACCUCGUUCGGGUCGGAGCAGGAUUCAAGCGAGGUUGACAACGACGAUGGAGAUGAGUUCGUUGCUGAGUUGACUCGAAAAAUGGUGGAUUACAUGCUUCAAGAAGAUGACGAUGAUAAUUCUUACGAUAAGUACACAUCUCCCAAAGGUUAUGUUUCUCAGAAACCGAUCUCCGAGGUAAAGCAUCCAAACAAAAACCGAGUUACAGGGCUUCUGAUGAUUUCUUGUUCAAGAAUAAGAAAUAUAGUCGAUUCUUACAUAUCAAUCUGGAAUCGUAAAUCGAUUUCUUCAACGUUCAACGUGUAUGGAUUCGAGAAUAUGGAACAAAAUCGAUGUUGACCCAUAAACUGGAACAAAUUGAUUUCGUCCCCUGAUAUGUCUUCAACUUCUCAAUCGAUUUCUUCUGUUGUUCUUGAAGAGCAAACCCAGAAAUCUGCAACUCUUUCAUCCCCAAAUCAAUAGUUUUAAAACCCUAGAAACAGCCAUCAAAUUCUAUGGGGUGUCGAUCACACUGAAAGGAGGGAAGCAUGAGUUUCAACAAGAGUGAGGUUACACCUAUUUCCAGAAUUUAUAGAAGUCUAAACGUGAAUCGACCCAAAAUCAGGAAAAAUGAAGAAUUAGAACUCUGAUAGUUAAAGAAUUAGACGAUCUAGGUUUGUCACCGGAAGCAUCAGAGAGAGAGAGAGAGAGAGAGAGAGAGAGAGAGAGAGAGAGAGAGAGAGGGGGGUUUAUUAUCUUUUAAUUGUUAAAAUAAAUAAAUAAAUAUUAAAUUUAAAAAAAAUAAAGAAAAAUGAAAAAUAAAUACCUAAGGGUAUUAUAGUCAUUUCAAUUUUUGGAGGGACUAUUUUCACAUACAAACCACUCCAAAAAAAACCAUAAUCCAAAAACUUAGGGUUUGGACUAAAACCCCAAAAAUUUGCAUACCAC